AAGCGGCGCAGGGUCGUUUGUGGCAUAAAAAUCACUUUGUUUGUGGCUUUAACACAACGCCGGCAGGGGCUCAUCAUCGCGAUCCGCAGCCGAUGCUCGAACCCUCUUCUGCACCGCGCGGUUCUCUGUUCCUGCGUCCCUGAGCGGUCUUGUCUUGUGCAUUAUAUCUAGAGCUUUUGACCGUGCUAGAACAGACCGCAAUUGAGCCUGGUCGACGUCAACGAGGUGUUAUCGCGCAUCUCUCCCGUUUCAGUAACUUAAGAGACCCCCCCGAACAAGCCGACAACUGAGGCAGCAACCCUCUUACUGAUCUCUCCUCAAUGCCACCCGCAAAGAACUCCUCUGCCGCGCGCUUAGGCGGUGCCCGGUCACAGACCCUGCUGAUCAACUCCAAAAUCCGGCACAUCAAGAAGAAAGACGGCGAGCCGUUAUGGCGGAAAGACAUCCAGUACGACUUCCUCCACGAGAUCUUCUACGACGAAGCGCGGGUUUUCACAAACUCGUACGAUGGAACGCCAAAUCAUACGUACUCGGAGAUAUAUAUCGACGCAAUGGCAAGAUCGUCGAAAUCGUCAAAGGUCCUGCGCGAGAAGUUGCUGGGUGACAAGCAGGCUGCGUUGAAUAUCGCGAUGGUCUGUCUGCUUGUCAACAUCGGGCGCAUGAACACAACACUAAACUUCUUCCCCGAGAUGCGCGCCCAGCUGCGUACAUACCACCCGAUUCCCUCCCUGCAGUCCUACUCCGAUCCAACCGCAUACAAGCAGCUCCAAGACGCCCCGCGCCUAAAAUCAAUUCUCAAAGGCGCCUGCGAAGAUCGACCAGAACCCUCCACUCUCGACCAGCUCCUGCUGCAGCCGCGUCUUCCCCGCACAAACCCAAUCAACCUCGUGUUCAUUCUCGCGACCUAUGCUCGACGGGUGACCGACCUGUUCUUCAUGGAACCGUACGAGUUUUACGAUUUCAUCAUGAACACCUCGGUCUCGAGCAAGUCGCGCGCAAAAGCAUUCUUGUGGUUGAUGUGGGUGUAUCUCGAGUCUGAUCUGAGCCCGGAGCAGUUGCGCGCGAACCCGUUUGGCUUUGGACAGGAAGGGGGUAUGAAGAUUCCCGCGUUUGAGACGUUGACGCCGGAGGAAGUCGAGCUUGAGAACGUAGAUUCUGUGCAGGAGAAGGAGUUUGCGGAGCGAAUGGUCGAGGAGCGAAAGCGCCACCUCGAAACAUCCGACGUCGUCAAAGUAAAAGAAGAGUCAACGCCAGCAAGUGGCCGGAAACGCAAACGGCCGAAGCGCGAAGCAGAGGACGACGGGACCGGGCAGGAGCUCGGAUCAGAGUCUGAGGACGAAGGCGGUGCGAAAGUGCAGUCGGCCGCCGCGAUGGCUAAAGCGUCGCCGAUUCCAGGACGAUUGAUCAUCAAACCCCCGCGGAAGGUGUCCAAGGCCGAGCAGGCGGCGCAGGAGCUGACGCAGCAGAGAGAGGCGAAAUGCGACGUGCAGAUUGCGCAUUUGAUUCGGGUUACGGAUCGGCGCCGGAAGAGGGCGCGGUAUGGCGAGGGAGCGAUCAAGCGGACGUGGAAGAAGAUCCGGACGCGGGAUCCGUUCGAGUACUCUGAGGACGAGCAGACGAUUCUCAACUCGGAGAUGAUGGCGUCGGCGGCGUCAUCGCACAAGCGCAAGAACAUUGACCUUUCGACGCUGAACAAUCAUAUCAUGAGCAGUCUUUCGGGGGUGCGGGAUUCUAAUCUAGGAAACGACUUUGGAGAGGAAGCGAGCUCGCUGGCGCGGGCGUUUAGACGAGCAAAUAGAUGGAUGUCGCGAUGGUACGGGAUUGAGCAGAUAGACCCGGCUACGUUGGAGGAGGAGACGAAGAAAGAGAGCCAGAAGCCGGAGGAGAAGAAGUCGCGGCGGGCUACGGCGGCAGCGGCGGCGGCGGCGGCCAAGUCUGCAGAGGAGGCGGCGAAGACGGAGAAGGAGGAGGAGGUGAAGGAUAACGGAGAAGAGAAGGAGGAGGCGGUGAAGGUGGAGGUGUGAGUGUAGAGUAGAAGAAUAGUGAAUAGUUGACCAU